AUGAGUACUCCACAGGAGCUCACUCCAGACGUUCUCCGCGCGCUUCAGCAGCACUUGUUGGCACAGGGAGCAGUUUUGCCGGAUGGCGUAAACCUGCAGCAGGCCCUUGCUUAUGCGCAGCAGUCGGCAUCCGGCGCAGUUGCCAUGGCCGAUGGGGGGAGUGAUGCCGGAGAUACGGACACCGACAACGAGGAAACAGCUGCCCGACGGUCCUCAGACCGACCGACCAAAGGCAAACAAGGUUCUGGGAAGGGAACUAAGGACCAAGGCUCGAGCGGACGGGCGCCGCGGCAAAAAGGUAAGGAUGUCGACGACGACGACGCGGACGAGCGCAACAAGGGCGGAAAGCCGGGUAAAGGUGGUUCCGGAGCAGGCAAGGAUAGUCAACCGCCACGCAAAAAGGCGAAAUCCGACGGGACAUCUGCUGAUGUUCCCCAGUUCGAUCCGCUCCGAAACCUGGACGUGCUGGCAGCGGCCGCGCUGGCUCAGGCCAACGUGGAGCAGCCCGUCGGCAGCGGCGUCGGCGUCGUAGGGAGUACGGCAGUCCUCAUCGCUCCGUUAGAAAGUGGGGAUCAGCUGCAGCUGACCGCCAUCCCAGCGGCGGUGGCGGCUCCAGUGGCGGGAGGCACGUUAGCUGCCGCCGCAGCAUCUCCCAGGCUCCGGACAGCCGUAUCCAGCGGCCCUUCGGCGGCGGCAGCUCACGGCGGACCUGCCGCCGCCGCCGCCGCCACGGGACCUGUACGGGGCCUGCCGCCGCUGGCUGGCGCCGGGACCGGCACGGCCACCGCCGGCGGCGGCCCAGCGGGGUUGGGAACGAGCGGCGGUUCCGGAGCCAACCCUGUUGCUGCAGCCGUAUCGGCGAGUUCGCCGGGUGCGUCCGGGCGGGCAGGACGAAGUACCGGCGGCGGCGCCCCGCCGGCCGCCACAUCCUCUGGUGCGUCUGCCAGUCUUACGGCUGCUGCACCCGUUAGUGGCGGUGGGUCAGAGUCUCCUCGCCAAGCGGUGGCGGCAGCGACCGGGGCUUACGUGCAGCCGACGCCGCUGACCUUCGCGCCCUUGGGAACGCCACCUCAAGCACAGCCAGCAGGCGGCGGCUCAGCGGUGGGGGCCCCCCAACCGCUGCAACAGCCGCCGCCGCCGCAGCAGCAGCAGCACCCUCAGCUGGCGCAGGUGGCGGUGGCGGCGGGGCCCAUUCCCACGAAGCCGCGCUCCCGGCGGCCGCUGCCGCCGCACAUCGCGACCCAGCGGCAGGCGUCUCAGCAGCCCGGCGGGACCUCCGGCUCGCGGCCGGGGCACGAGCCGGCGGCGCUGGCCGACGGCGGCGACGACGGCUCCGCGGAACGGAUGGAGGAGGCGCCUGGCGGAGGCGGAGGCGCUGAUAGUACUAUGCUUGACAGCUCCGGAGCGGAGCUUCUCACAGCUGAGGAGCAGCUACAGCCCCCGCAGUCGCUGGUUGUAGUGCUGCAGCCGCACCUUCAGGGAGACCCGUCGCUGCUGCUGCCAACGCUACAGCCAGGCUUGCUGCCCGCCGGGCUUGGUAGCGCUGGAAUGGCAUUCGCCCCCGCCAGCGGCUUGACCGCGCCGCUGGCGCCGCCGCAGUCGGCCGCCAUGGCAGCAGGGUCUAGCGGCGACGCUGCUGCGGUCGCUGCUGCUGCUGCCGCAGCAGCAGCGGCGGCGGCGGCUGUGCCAGGUGCGGUGUCGCCGGAACCAGCGGCGACGGCUGCGACGCCGCCGCCGCCGCUGGCACUGCCCGGCCUGUCGCUGGAUACUGCCGUAGAGUUGGCGGCGCUCAUGUCUGGGGUCGUGGCGAGCCUUGACAACAACCACCACCAGCAUCACUCGGCGGCAGCGGCGCCGGGUCUUCCUCACCAAUCCGCAUCAUUGCAAGGUGGCCUCAUGCACGCCCCGCUACCCGACGCGUCCCUUGCCGUUCCGGCCGGCGGCGAGGAUGGAGCCCCCAUGCAGCACGGCGCCGCCGCCGCCACCGCUGCCGCGACGUCCUCCCCGUCGGGCCUCGCCGUGUCCCUGGCGCCGCCGUCGCAAGGCUCCACCGCCGCCGGCGACCUGGUUCAACAUCCGCACCAUCAUCAUUUGCCGCCGCCGCCAGCGCUUCAGGCGACGGCGACUUUACCGCCACUGCCUAGCGGCGGCGCCGCUGCCGCAAGCGGCGGCAGCAGCGUCAUGUCCCUGCCCGGCAUGGAGGCUCUUGCCGGCGAGCCGAUGAUGGUGGCAUCGCUCAUUCAGGCGGCAUUAGCUAACCACGAGGCCACUGCAGCGUCCUUGGGAAUGUCGCAGGGCGGGGGCAAUUCGCAGGGCAGCAGCCACACUCAGCUCAGUGAGCUGCUGAUGGCGGCGACGGCGGGCGGGGGGCAGCCGCUGGCCGCGGCCAUGGCGGCGAUGACGGCCGCCGCGGAGGGGCUUAUGGCACCAGGCGGGCCCAUGAGCCUUGGAAGCGGUGGCGGCAGCGGCGGCGGCGGCGGCGGGGCACUCGGCGUCGAGUCCGGCGCAUUCGCUGCUGCUGCGAUGGCUGCUGUGGCUGGGGUGGCGGGCGGGGGAAGGAGACGCGGCGGGGGCGGCGGGCGACGACGCGGCGGCGGAGCGGGCGCGGAUUCUGAGGGCUACGAUGACGACAUGAGCGACGACGAGACGCGGCGAAAGGAGCCACGUGACCGGCAGCAGCAGCGCGCGCCCGCGCAGUGCAGGCGCUUCUACGAGCCCGCCAUGAAGGUGACGUUCGAUGAGGGGAUGAAGCUGGCAGACGGCCGCAUCUACGUGCCGUUGCCCUUCGUGCACAAGAACUUCGCAGAGCAGCAGUUCCCGCUGCGGCUCCCCGCGGACAUUAUCGUGAAUGGGGAGAUGAUUAACGAGGGCUUUGUGCUAACCUCGCGCCUCGUAGUGGUCAAAAUUGCACGUAGCCAAAACAAGACACGUCGCCACGGUCUGGGCAACCACUGGGUCACCGGGCACCAGCGCCUAAUCAAGCACUACAAGGACGUACGACUGACGGGCCUGGAGUUAGUUGACCACAACCGCCUCAAGAUCAUGUUAUCGGCCAGCGGCGUGUGGGACGACGCCGCCGGCCAGCAGGCAGCCUCCUCGUCUUCGCAGCACCAGCAGCAGCAACAACAGCAGCAGCAGCAACCGCCGCACCACCACCACACCCAUCACAAUGCGGCGCAGCAGCACCCGAUUCAUCACACGGCGCUGCAGCCUUCACAGCUACAGCCUGCCGGGCUGGGCCAUGCGGUCGCGGGAGGGAUGGGCGCCAUUCCCGGCCUACCGCACCCGGCGCUGCUGGCCGCGCUGCCGCCGGGCGCUUACAACACAGGAUUCUUCAUGAAGCCAGAUGGCAGCAGUGCCGCAACGACAGGGUUUGAACAGCUGAGCGCCUUACUAGCCAUGCAAGCUGCGGCUGCAGCGGCCGCCGCUGCGGCAUCCGCCACCACCGGCCACAACCCGCUUAUGGCCCCGCACGCGGCCAUGGUGGGCCUGGGUAUGUUGCAUCACGGCGGCGGCGCCGGCGGCCCCAGCCCGCUGCAAGUCGUACCGGCGGCAGCGCCUGGCGCCGCCAAUCCCAACACCUUCCUAGCCAUGCUUGGCGGCGCCGGGGCAGGUACGGCACCGGCCCUUGGAAGCGGUUCCGGAGCUGCCGCCGGCCCAGGUGCCGCCGGCGGUGGCGCCCUCGUGUUAUCACAUUCUAUGGGUGUACCGCAUGCCGUACAGCAGCAACACGCGGCGUCGCCGUCGCAGCAGCAGCAAGAGCCGACGGUUGAUGCAGCGGCGGACGAAGCCGCCGCGGCCGCAGCAACGGCACCGACGGACACCUCAUGCGGGGGCGGCGGCGCCGUUGCCGGCGACGGCGACGGCGUCCAAGCCGGUUCGGGCGGCGAGGUGGGUCCGGUUGGGGGUACGGCAGGUCCGGAGGCGACGGCUGGGGGCCCCCAACAACAUCAGCACCUAGAAGGGCAGCACCAGCAGCACCAGCACCAGCAGCACCAGUCGAACUACGAUACACUUGAAGCUGGGAGCCUGACCGCGGCGCUGGGUCUGCAGGACACUGGUCAGGCUGCCGACGCGCCGCUGGCGUCGGCCGGCGACGAGGUCGGCGGUGCCGCUACCGACCCGGCGGAAGGCGGUGGGGUCCGGGCGGCGUCGCAUGCGCAUACAACACCUCAGGACGACGGCACUGUAGCGGCUGCUGCUGCUCAGGAGCAGAGUCAGCAGGAACAGUCGCCGCCGCAACAGCCGUCGCAGCAGCAGCAGCAGCAGCAGCAGCCUCCGGAGGGCCUGUCUUGGAGCCAGUUACCCCUGGCCCCCGGCCCGCUCCAACACGUGUUACUGUCCCACGCCAACCUCUACCCACACACGCUGCUACAGCCACAGCCGCAACAUCCCCAUCCCCAUCAGCAGCAGCAGCAACAGCCUUCCCAACAUCCUCACCAGCCGACAGACGAGCAGAACGGUGCAGCACCGGCAGCGGCGGCAGCGGAUGACGGCUCCGUCGCCGCAGCCGGCGGGUCGGCCCCUGGCGGCGGCGGCGGCGGCGGCGACGGCUCCGUCGCCGCAGCGGCCAACGCCGCUGCUGCCGCGGCUGCCGCUUCCUCGACCUCCGCCUCCGUCGACAACGCGCUGGCUGUGAUGCACAGCUUGAUGGGCGGUGGCCAGGCGGGUUCGCAGCAGGAUGGCCAGCAGGCGGCGGCCGCUGCCGCUGCGGCGGCUGCAGCAGCGGCCGCUGCCGCUGGGCACAUGGGCCCCCUGACAGCGCUGCUGCCGCCUGGCAUGAUGGCGGCGGCGGGGCCAGGCGGCCUCAGUGGGGACCUGCUGGCGGCGGCGGCGGCCGCUAACGGGCAGUGGAGCAUGGACGCUUUCCAGACGCUAUUCGCUGCGGGGAGUCCCAUGGGUCUGUUGGGUCUGCCCCGAGGCGCUCCCGUCGUGCAGCCGCCCACCACCUUGAGCAGUGCGACGGGUAACCAUCAGUAUCCUCGACUGUACGACGGCCGUAUCCACGUACCUCUGAAUCUGAUCAACAGCCAUUUUGCCCAUGUUGAGUUUCCCGUUUCCGUACACACCAAGGUGGUCAUCAACGCGGAUGUUGUAGGGGAGAGCAUCCAGGCUCGCAUCGUCAAGUAUAAGAAGCACCGGAGACCCAACCACUUCAACUACUGGAUCACGGGUCUGCAGAAGACGCUGUCAAGGUACAACGAUGUACGGCAGGCGGGCGUGUCCAUGGAGCCCGGCGGCGCAGUGAUCCGCGUGAACCUGGUGGCCGCGAGCAAUUAG